GUGGUAAGGCCUAGGAGGAGGAAACGAGUUGGAAUUCAGUUCCAUCGUCAAUAUGAUUGUGGGAAAUACUUUGUGUCAUCAAUAUGAUUGUGUGAAAUACUUUGUGUCAUCAAUAUGAUUGUGUGAGAUAUUUUGUGUCAUCAAUAUGAUUGUGUGAGAUACUUUGUGUCAUCAAUAUGUUUUUGUGAACGCCUUUGUGUCAUCAAUAUGAUUGUGUUAGAUACUUUCCAUCGUCAAUAUGAUUGUGUGAGAUACUUUGUGUCGUCAUUAUGAUUGUGUGAGAUACUUUGUGUCGUCAAUAUGAUUGUUUGACAUACUUUGUAAACGGCCUCCUGCAAUGAGAUAGGGAAAAUGACUCCAGUACAGGAAGGGACACCGACUGCUUCUCCUCUUUUCCCCGCAGAUUUUCUUCAACGCUUCACACCAAAGCAAGCAAGCAGAUAAAUACAGAACAAAAACAAGCAAACAAAAAACAAACGAACCAAACAAUCCUAAUACAAAAACAAAACGUCAGCAGCAGAAAACAAACAAACAAACACACAAACAAAAACAAAACACUAAAGAAAGAAAAGACGUCACUCAAGCAAAUGUGCCUCCUGUCUAUCUGAGAAAGGAAACGAAACAAGAGUUUGUUACCCUCCACUGUUACCUCAACAAAACAAAACAAGGGUGUGUCCCCCCGCCUCCCCUCCCCCACACACACGGAGGCUCGAGGUCAUGGCUUUCUCACGGAACGUUUGGAUUCUGCUGUGGAAAAACUUGGUCACUCAAAAACGCAAGAAAUGCGUGUCUAUAUUCGAGAUCUUGUUGCCUCUACUUUUUGCCCUCUUGCUCGUCCCAAUUCGCCUGGGAAGCCCUGUGGAAACAUACGACUUCAAUACGAUUUACGAACAAGAGGAGGUUUUGACCUCAGAGUCGCACUGGCGACACACAGAUCCAACCAUCUUCUACCUGCCCACAUCUCGCGCCACGGAUGACGUCAUGUCCAGGAUGAACGGCAUUUUUCAUAAACUUUACAGCAGAAAUAUCAGCUACACAGGCUUUAGCACACAUGAGCAACUGUUAGAGGCGUUUGAUGCGAAGCCGUACUCUCUGGACCUGUGUUUGGAGUUUCACAACAUUGAAGGCGGCAGCACACGUCUGCCACAGCAGGUCGCCCUGGCUUUUCGCCCCGGCCGUUACGACAGGUCCUGGCGUACUGGAGGAGCCAUCAGAUACUCCCAGGGUCCCUCCGACAGCUCCUAUAAUGGCUACGGAAUUCUUCCAGGGUACCAAGGGGGUCUGUUAGUGGAUGCGGUCAACCUUGUCUUCAAGGCCGUUAUGCAGCACUGGAACUCCAGCCUGGUCCAAGACUGGAGAGUAUUCACCCAGAGAAUGCCCUACCCUCCCUACGUCCUUGACCACCUCACUCUGAUCCUCAAGAUAUUCCUCCCGUUAUUCUUCCUGCUGUCUUUUCUACUCAGCGUUAUCAUGUUCACCAAGGCUAUCGUUUAUGAGAAGCAGCAAAAACUGAAGGAGUCCCUGAGGCUGAUGGGCGUGAGCACAGCCUCUUACUGGACGGCCUGGUUCAUCACGUGCAGCGCGUACAUGCUCGUCGUCAUCAUCAUCUACACAAUCAUCAUCGCCGUGACGGAAGCUUUGCCACAGUCCAGCACCAGCCUCGUCCUUGUCUUCCUGCUGGUCUACAGUUUCUCCCUAGUCUCCUUCUGCUUCAUGGUCAGCGUGUUCGUGCACAGAGCUAAUCUCGGAGCAGUGGCUGCGGCCUUGGGGUUCAUCGUGUUCUUCAUCCCGUACUGGGUGGCUGGGGGAUUCCCGGAGUCUUACAGCAACUCACACAGGAUGUCUAUGGCGCUGCUGUUCAACACCGCCAUGGCAUGGGGCGUCGGGGCCUUCGUCGAUUACGAGGAAGCAGCUGCCGGCGCCAAAUGGUCCAACUUUUACAGGAAGUCUCACCCGACGGCCACAUUCAGCGUCCUGGACUCCCUGUUCAUGAUGGCCGUGGAUAGCGGGCUCCACCUGGGGGUCACGUGGUAUGUGGACAACGUCUAUCCCGGAGAGUUUGGCGUGCCCAAACCUUGGAACUUUCCUUUCCUGCUCCCUCCAGGUUUCCUCCCUCCCACCUCUGGCACAGCGGUGGUCAACGGCUACGACAUCCGGUCCAACAUUGACCAGGUUCGAGAGACGCUGGGUCUGUGCCCACAACACAACAUCCUGUUUGACCUGUUGACCGUUAGGGAACACCUGUACUUCUUCGCCAAGGUGAAAGGAGUCAGUGACGACAUGGACACUGUCAUAGCUGACAUCAUCAACGACGUGUCCCUGACCGGCAAAGAGAACUGCCAGGCCCAGCACCUGUCCGGUGGUCAAAAGAGGAAGCUGUCUGUGGCCAUCGCUCUCAUCGGAGGCUCCAAGGUGGUGAUCCUGGACGAGCCCAGCUCAGGCAUGGACCCGGCAGCUCGCCGACAGAUGUGGGACGUCCUGCAGAGACACAAGAGAGGCCGGACCAUCGUGCUGAGCACACACGCCAUGGACGAGGCGGACACUCUGGGGGACAGGAUCGCCAUCAUGGCCGAGGGGGUGCUCAAGUGUUGUGGGACCUCCAUGUUCCUGAAGAAACUCUACGGCGCGGGUUACCACCUGAUCAUCGUGAAGGGAGAGGGGUGCCAGGUGGAGGAGAUCACAGACAUUGUCCGCUCCAUGGUGCCGGGCAGUGAAUACGAGGAAGAAGUCGGCUCAGAAAUCAGCUACUCCCUCCCGGCCGAUCAGAGCGCGCUGUUUCCCUCACUGUUCACCGAGCUGGACAGUCGCCGGGACAAGCUGGGCAUCUCGGGGUUCGGAACCAAGGCUACCACCAUGGAAGAAGUGUUCCUGAGAUUUCAACGUAGGCUACACAAAGAAGACCGGCGUGGCUCUGCUCAUCUCCCAGCUCCGCGGCCAGUUGGUGAAGAAGAUGUUGUACUCAUGGAGGGGAAAACUGCUGCUGUUUCUGCAGCUCCUCAUUCCCCUUGCCCUGACGGCUGGGGGCGUGGCUAUCCUCAACAUAGACGCAGGUCCCACUGGACAUCGAGACGAGGACAACCCGGGCACUGUGCCCUAUGACCUUUCACCUUUUGACCGGCCAGUCGUGCUGUACACAGAUGGGAGACCGGCCUCGAGGAUCUCCAGCGACCUGGCCGAGCAGUAUGCGGAGAUGUUCCGUACGCAGCCAGGAACUGUGGAGAAGAUCGACCGAGACAGAUCGCCGAAUGUCUCCGAGUUCCUGCUAGACAGAAUGAAUGACAUUGGUUUUGACGUCUUCUCACAACGAUACCCUAUAGGAGCGGAGUUUCUGACCCUCAACGACAGCAGCGUGAGGGAUAACCACAGCAGUGUGAGGGGCGUGGCUUUGUAUAACGACAGGGCGUGGCACGGCAAGCCGCUGGCCAUGGUGCAGAUGCUGAACGCGUUCAUCCGAGAGUAUGUGGGAGACGAUUACUCUAUACAAGCCAGCCUCCAUCCUAUGCCGCCACCGACCCGGGAGAGAGACCUGGACUACCGCGGCAGCCGUUACAGGAGGAAGAACAUCUACCCGCUCACCAUCUUCCUGUCUCUGGGGAUGGGCUUCCUGUUGAGUAGCUUUGUCUACAUCCUUAUUGUUGAGAGACAGCGUGGUUGCAAACACCUUCAAGAGGUGAGCGGGGUGAACCUGUUCAUGUACUGGCUCGCCACCUUCCUGUGGGAUUUUUUCAUCUACCUCCUCGUUGUCAUCGGCAUCAUCGCUAUCUUCCUCGGCUUCGACGAGACGCCUUUCAUUGGCCCGGACGCCAUUGGUCCCCUUAUCCUUCUCUUUUUGCUCUACGGAUUCGCCGCCAGUUUCUCUACUUACGUCUUCCAGUUCUUGUUCAAAUCUCCACCCACUGGCUUUGUGGUGACCCUGAUCCUUCACUUUGUCCUCAGUUUGUUCACGACGAUCAUGGUGGCCGUCAUCAAGCGUGACAGUCGGGAAGACGUGCGGAAAUUGUUCAGCGUGCUGUUUCUGCCGUUCAACUUGAACAAGUUCAUCAUGGACUCCUACAACUGGCACUCCGACGUCCCUUCACUCGUGGGGUUCGGCAACGACGACAGAGAGCCGGGAAUGAGCCUGUGGGACUUGCCCAGCCCUGGCGUGGGACUGUACACUCUCAUGAUGGCGGCUCAAGGCGGGGUCGCCGUGUUGUUGCUGGUGGUCGUAGAGAACCGCGUGCUGCAGAAACUUUGGUAUUCAGUAAGAAAGUGUGGAGAAGAGAAAAGCUCGGCGCCUCUACAGCAGGUCAACAUGACGUCAUUGAUCCCCGAAGACUCGGACGUGGCACAAGAGAGACAGCGCAUCCUCCACACGCCCAUACAGCAGCUGUUUGUCACAGACUCGCUGAUUCUCAAGGAGCUGAGCAAGAACUUUGGUGAGCUGACGGCCGUGGAUGGUCUGUGUGUGGGCGUGCCGGAACAAGAAUGCUUGGGCCUGCUGGGUCAGAACGGCGCGGGGAAGACGACGACCUUCAAGAUGCUCACUGGCCAGGAGAUGGUGUCGGGGGGCAACGCCUACGUCAAGACUCACGAUAUCCGGGACAACACCAAGAAGGUCCAGUCCAACAUGGGUUACUGCCCUCAGUUUGACGCCUUGACCGAUCAGCUGACCGGCAGAGAGACCUUGACUUUGUACAGCCGCAUCAAGGGCAUCCCGGAGGGAGAAAUUUCCCGCGUUUGUGACUCGCUCAUUGACGCUCUCAUGUUGAGAGCUCACGCCGACAAACUGGUGGGGGAGUACAGGUGUCACACUGUAUCUCUCUCACUCACUCUCUCUCUCUAUCUCCCUCCCACACUCUCUCUCUCCCAGGUAUUUGACUACCACCAAGGCUACAUACACAUCCAGGUACCCGACAUGUCCGUGAGUCUGGCCCAGAUUUUCUCCCUCAUGGAGUCGAGCAAGAAGACGAUGCACGUGCGUGACUACUCCGUGCAUCAGACAACGCUGGAACAGGUGUUCCUGAGUUUCGCGCGCUUCCAGAGGGUGAGGCAGGAGGAGAAAAAGCGUUGUUGUCGUUGCUGCUGAACCCGUGGCCUGUGUGGUCACUGUGGGAGUCGCGGACGGUGGAUAUCUCAUGAUGAGGGAAAUAAGUACUUGUCGAAGGAACAUUUUUGUUAAGGUAAACUAGAAAUGGAAAGGGGUCAUAAUAUGUGAGGCAACGUAGUGAAAUCAGGCGCUCGUCAAAAUAUUAAAAGUCAAGAAACGCAUUUUUAUGCAGAUUUGAGAAUUUGUAUCAAAUGUUUGUAUGUUAGGCUCAUCACCGUUCAUGCCUUUAAAGAACAUAUUAACAUAUUUCUGUGUGGAUUAUUUUUUUUUUAAGUUGAUUUAAGGCAUAGAAGAUGUACAUUUUUUUUCCAGGGACUCCCAAGUUAAAACUCAUCUUUGGGGACCAUUUUGUCUCUAAUUUUACCUCUGAAACCAGGCGACCCGCCCCUCCUUCAAUCACCAAUAUCUUGACUUAUAUUCUAGAUAAAAGGAUAUUUUGACCAUCAAAAGAUAGGCAAAUGGACAGACAUUAAGAUGACACCAAGGUGGGAAGUGGAGGAG